CUAGUCUAGUAUAGUACCGAAAUACACCCACUUUUUUGUGCUCUACUUAGUGAGGGCAUAGAAAAUUUUGUUCUUGAGUUAUUCUCAAGAUGAUUGAUGUCUCUCAAUGGAGAGCAAGUAUUGGACUGUGGAACUACUGUCAAGCUGCCUCCAGUAGACCAGCUAAUGGCCGCCACUCUUACUCAUUCAAAGCUAAAGUCGAGGCUAAAGUAGACAGCUGGUCAGGCCAUACUACAUCAGGAGAGAAGACAUCUAAACUGCCAGCAGUUCUGUCUUUCACUGUUUCCCUUCUUUUAUCUUUAUUAAGAUGUAUAAAGUUCAUUUUUUCCCCUUCAACUGGUAUAAUUUCUGGUACAGCUAUGAUCUGCCUCCAGUCAUUAGUCUUGUUUAUAGCUACUAUUUGCAGUAACUCUGACCUGAUCUAUUAUUUGGUUUUACUUCUCCUCCUCCUGUUAUCAGGAGAUGUUGAAGUCAAUCCUGGUCCUAUGAUUGAUGAUCAACCAUCUUGUCUCUUAUUUGCAAAAUGUAUUAAACCACUUGUCGACUGGAAACCAUUUGCUCUUUGUCUUCCUGGAAUGACACAAUCUGAUGUCAGUAUAAUUGAUAAAGCAAAAAGAAAUGCUCACCUCCAAAAAAUGGCUUUACACAAGAAAUGGCUACAAGCUAAUCCUCAGGCAUCAUGGAGAGAUGUCAUUAAUGCUUUGAAACAAUGUAAAGAGAAUGAACUAGCUAGAACUAUUGAACAUGAAAUGGAAUGGUCUACUGGAGGAGCUAAUAAUGAUGGCAAUACAUCAACGAAUCCUACUGGAAAAAAUUCUAAUGAUAAUAUGGAAGCCAUGACUAAAUUUAGUACUAAUCCUGGUCAUAUAACAGAUACACUAUACACUGCAGAAUAA